UCCCUUUCAUGUAUAAAUAUAACUCUAAACUUCAUUCAACAUAUCUACCCUUUCAUAUAUAUAUAUAUAUUUACUGCUUCUAUUUUUAGUACUAGUAGUCGCAGUGACAUAACAACAGUAGAGCACUGCUGAAGCUUACUCAUUCAAAUGGCAGGCAAAGAAAAGGACACAAGAUUUAUUAAUAACAAGCAGGCCUGUGAGCCUUGCAGAUCAUUUGGUCAAAAAUGCAGUCAUUUGGUUAAGAAGCAGCGAGCCAAAUUCUACAUCCUCCGACGUUGCAUUGCUAUGCUUGUUUGCGGCCGUGAGCGUGGCGACCCUUAGGAGAACCCCCCUCCCCACCAACGGCCACCUUAAUUGCUUUCAUCCCUCUCCCAGUUGUAUAGUAGUUAAGAAAGUACUUUUCAUUUGAUAUAUAUAUGUUAUAUAGUAGUAUUAUUUUUAGCUAUUACUGCUAAUUUCAAGUAUAAGAAAAUUUAAUAAAAUUCUAGAUCUGUUUAGGUUUAUAUUAUUGCUUUCCUCUUA